GAGGAGGAGGAGGAGGAGGAGGAGGAGGAGGAGGCGAUAGCCCUUCGGAUUAUCCGCCGAGUGUAGCGGCUGCGAGGAGCAGGGAAGCGGCGGCGGCGGCGCUGCACGCGGCAAGGACCCUGUUGGGCGCGGGGGUGGCUAACCCUUGCUCGUCCACCCCCGAGCCGCCCUUCUGGAAGAUGCCGCACAAAGAAGAGGACUUGAUGCACGGGGGUGGCGCGGGUAUUGGAGGGGGUUCUAUGGUCGGACAGAACUCAAUAUUUGGGUGCUCGGCUGCAGGACACAGCGGGGUUAACCAGCUCGGCGGUGUUUACGUCAAUGGUCGGCCAUUGCCAGACUCCACCAGGCAGAAGAUCGUCGAAUUGGCGCACAGUGGGGCGAGACCUUGCGAUAUCUCACGAAUUUUGCAGGUUAGCAACGGAUGUGUCUCCAAGAUCCUCGGCAGGUAUUACGAGACCGGAUCCAUAAAACCACGUGCGAUAGGUGGGAGUAAGCCACGAGUAGCGACCACUCCGGUCGUCAAUAAGAUCGCCGAUUACAAGCGCGAGUGUCCAUCGAUUUUCGCUUGGGAAAUACGAGAUCGACUUCUCCAGGAAGGCGUUUGCAAUAAUGACAAUAUACCAAGCGUGUCGUCGAUCAACAGGGUGCUUAGGAACCUAGCCUCUCAGAAGGAGCAACAGGCGGCAGCGGUGCAAGCGCAUCAAGGCGCCGAAAGUGUUUACGACAAGCUGAGAAUGUUCAACGGACAGGCUGCAGGUUGGCCACCGGCAUGGUACUCGGCUACGCCCUCUCAUCAUCCACUGGCCACUGGCAUUCCAACAGCGGCUACCCCUGGCUCCGGACAGUCUCUUCUACCCGGUAGUCAACUACAUGGUCGUGACGAUUCUCUGCUCAAACGAAGCGACACGGGUUCUCUGUUGUCGCAUCAGCAGGAGACAACGUCGGACGGGAACUCGGAACACAAUUCAUCCGGCGACGAGGACUCGCAAGUACGACUAAGGCUGAAGCGAAAACUUCAGCGCAAUCGGACGUCCUUUUCCAACGAACAGAUAGACAGCCUCGAGAAAGAAUUCGAGCGGACACAUUACCCGGACGUGUUUGCGCGGGAGCGUCUCGCCGAGAAGAUUGGAUUGCCCGAGGCACGUAUCCAGGUGUGGUUCAGUAAUCGCAGGGCAAAGUGGCGUCGAGAGGAAAAGUUGCGAAACCAGAGAAGAGCGGCCGUCGAUCAGGUUGUCGGAGGUGGAAGCGGGGGUGGUAGUAGCAGUGCCGCACCUCCCGCAGCGACACCGGCCACUCCACGUUUGCCUCUAAACGCCGGAUUCAACGCCAUGUACUCCUCGAUACCGCAGCCAAUUGCUACUAUGCCUGACACUUACAGUUCAAUGUCGGGUAGUCUGGGCGGGUCAAUGGGUGGAAGCUGCCUUCAGCAACGAGCCGAGGGAUACCCGGCGUACGUGUUCCACGAGCCACUUCACUCGCUCACGCAGUCUUACACCCACGCACACAGCACUGCGCAUUCGCAACCCCAUCGUGGUAUUCCGACCUCCCAUGGUGGUACCCCCACCACGCCGGGUGGCCAACCUGCGGGACCAGGUGGUGCACCCUAUCAGCCGACGACCUCGACCGCGACCGGCGUAAUAUCGGCAGGCGUAUCGGUGCCAGUGCAGAUACCAUCCCAGACUCCGGACCUGACUGGCAGCUAUUGGCCUCGGCUCCAGUGAUCCCAGCUAUUCGGGUUCCCGCCCGCGAGCUUGCUCGUGGGGCAGGAGAGCCCGCCACCACCGACGGUCACACCGGGUGCCGUUUCGAGACCGCUUUUAGCCAGUCUCGGCAUACCGGCACAACCACCGACGGCGUCCCAGCAACAGCAACAACAGCCGAGCAGCACGCCGGCAACGACCCCCGUACAUACCUCCGAUACCAGUGAAUGAAUGAGACGCAUCAUCGCGGUCCUCUCUCUAUCUCUCAAAUGAGAAAGAGAGAGAGAGAGGGGGGGAGAGAGAGAGAGAGAGAGAGAGA